UGUGUAUCUAAAUCUCUUACCCUGGUUCUUGUGUUUAUCCCUAUUUCCUGGCUCAAAAAAAAAUUUUUUUUUCAGAAAGUUUUACAGAGUUGGAGGAAGCAAUAAAAGCUCAGCCACCAAGUGAGAGGCUAAGAAGUUGGAAGUCAGUCUACCUACACCAGUGGAAGAGCAGACCAGAGCACUGGACAUGGCCUCGGAGACCCACAUGCCAGGCCCAGUGUGCCUCAUCGAGAACGUGGAAGAACAGCUGACAGUGAAUCAGGAAGCUCUGAGGAUCCUGUCUGCCCUCCCCCAGCCCGUCGUGGUGGUGGCUAUCGUGGGCCUCUACCGCACAGGCAAAUCCUACCUGAUGAACAAGCUGGCUGGGAAGGAAAAGGGCUUCUCACUGGGCUCCACGGUGCAGGCUCACACCAAAGGAAUCUGGAUGUGGUGUGUGCCGCAUCCCAGGAAGCCAAAUCAGACUCUCGUUCUGCUUGACACCGAGGGCCUGGGAGAUGUUGCAAAAACUGACCCCCAGAACGACUCUUGGAUCUUUGCCCUGGCUUUACUUCUGAGCAGCACCUUUGUGUACAACAGCAUGGGAAUCAUUGAUAAAGAGGCAAUGGACCGACUGCACUAUGUCACAGAGCUGACAGAUCUGAUCAGAGCAAAAUCCUCACCUGAUACGGACGAGGUUGAGGAUUCAGCUGAUUUUGUGAGCUUCUUCCCAGACUUUGUGUGGACACUGAGAGAUUUCUGCCUGGAACUGGAGCUAGACGGACAGACCAUCUCCGCAGAUGCCUACCUGGAGAAUUCCCUGAAGCUAAAGCCAGGUACCAGUCAGAAAGAGAAAAAAUUUAAUUUGCCUCGACUCUGUAUCCGGCAGUUUUUCCCCGAGAAGAAAUGUUUUGUCUUCAAUAGACCUGCUCAGCAAAAGCAGCUGGCCAAGCUGGAGAUGCUGCAGGAGGAUGAGCUGGACUCUGAAUUUGUGCAGCAAGUUACAGAAUUCUGUUCUUAUAUCUUCAGCUCUUCCAAGAUUAAAACUCUUCCAGGAGGCAUUGAGGUCAAUGGGCCUCGACUGGAGACCCUGGUGCUGACCUACCUUGACGCCAUCAACAGUGGGGGUCUGCCCUGCAUGCAGGACGCAGUCCUAACCUUGGCCCAGAUAGAGAACUCAGCUGCAGUGCAAAAGGCCUUGGCCCACUAUGACCAGCAGAUAGGCCAGAAAGUGCAGCUGCCCACAGACACCCUCCAGGAGCUGCUGGAUCUGCACAGGGCCUGUGAGAGGGAGGCCAUCGAGAUCUUCAUCAAACAUUCCUUCAAAGAUGUUGAUCAAAUAUUUCAAAAGGAAUUAGCGGCCCAGCUAGAAAAAAAAAGAGAUGACCUGUAUAAACAGAAUAUGAAAGUAUCUUCAGAUCGUUGUUCAGCUUUACUUCAAGAUAGUUUCAGUCCCCUAGAAGAAGAGGUGAAACAAGGUGUUUAUUCUAAACCAGGGGGCUACCGUCUCAUUAUUCAGAAGGUAGAAGACUUGAAGAAAAAGUACCAUGCGGAACCCAGGAAGGGGAUACAGGCUGAAGAGGUUCUGCAGAAAUACUUGCAAUCCAAGGAAGGUAUGAUGAAUGCUAUUCUACAGACAGACCAGACUCUCACAGAAAAGGAAAAGCAGAUUGAAGUGGAACGUGCAAAAGCUGAAUCCGCACAGACUACAGUAAAAUUGUUGGAUGACAUGAAUAGACAAAAGGACCAGAUGAUGCAGGAGAAAGAGAAGAGUUAUGAGGAACACAUCAAACAGUUGACUCAGAAGAUGGACAUAGAUAGGGCCAAGAUGAUAACAGAGAACGAGAGGAUUAUAGCUCUUAAACUUCAGGAACAGGAACGACUGCUAAGGGAGGGAUUCCAGAAUGAGAGCAGAAGACUUCACAAUGAGAUAGAGAAUCUCAGGACAAGAAUGAAGAAGGGAAAGAAAAAAUGUGCCAUAAGCUAAGGACCUAAAGAAGAGCAAAAUUAAAGAUUCAUAAAAGGAAA